UCAUGUGGGAAACGGAUGAUAGAAAACAAUAUCUAAAAAGUGCACUUUAUUGAAAUGGAUACGACCUUUUUAGCAACCUCAACUCUAUUUGAAAGAAUAAAGAUACAUUAUAUCAAAAUAAAAUGUGUUUAUUUUUCAAGAUUUUAGUACCUCUAUUUGAAAAUAAAAUUUUGAUAAAUCUGAUAAAAAGAUUCAAAUCAAAACCCAUCACUAACUUAACUAUUGAUUGUUUUCAAGGUGUUCAACAUAUUCCAGACUGUGGCCACCAAUUAUUUAUUAUCAGUCGUAAAGGUGGAACGCUUUUGACAAUAAAUGAUUAUAUCUAUCGAUCCAAUCAGAGAAGACAUGGCCCGAGAAGUGAUAAAAUUUACUGGGAAUGUAUUCACAAUCGUUCCAAAAAGUGUCGUAGUCGUAUAAAAACUAUUGGAAAUGAUUUGUUUGUUACAAAUGAUGUACACAACCACUUUUCGGACAGUCGAAGAAUAGAAAUAGCAAAAAAGGCCGGUAUGUUAAUUUUUAAGAAAUUUACCUCGUUGGUUAAUAUUGAACAAAAACAUUAUUAGGUUUUAAGGAUGUAUGUAAGUGUGUAUGUAUUUUAUUUUUAUUUUUCUUUAAAUUUCAUUAUACAUUUUUUUUUUGUUCCAAAGGUUUAUAAUUAUAUUUUUGUACAUUAUUAAGCCCUUGAUUGAAAAAAGAGAGCUGGUUGACAAAAUAUUCCUCGAAUAAAUUAACUUAUUAAGUGUGGUCUUAA